AUGCCUUAUGGAGUAAAAGUCCUAUUUGAUGACCCACGAGUAGGGAAACUUUUUAAAGACUCAACAACACAAGCAAUUUUAAUAAAACCAGUUACUGUUGACUUUUUUGGCAAAGAAGGAAUUCAGAUUCAGAGAACUCAAAUACCACUUAUGCCAUCAUGGGCAGUAACAAUUCACAAAAGCCAAGGAAUGACUGUGUCUAAUGUUGUAAUCAAUUUGGGACCCAAAUGCAAUAAACCUGGACAGGCAUAUGUAGCAUUAAGUCGUGUACAAUCUUUACGUGGUCUUGCACUAACAGAAUUCACUGAAAAGUCUAUAAAAGUUUCAAGAAAGGUUACUCAGGAAAUGCAACGACUAUUAAACCUAACAAGAGACACACAACUGCCAGAUAAUUAAUUAGCCUUUCUCACAAAGGUCUAAAUUAUAUAUCUGCCAUUUUUGGAUCACUACUUUAUAAACAACGUGAAAAAUCUAAGCGAUGUGAAAAUAAUUUUUCAAAUAUUUAACUGUAAAUCGAUUUAUAAUCAUUAUGUAUACAGUACUAUAGUUCUAGAAAGUUUCAUUUUCACAGCUUACUAUCCCUGUUGUAAAAAGGUUGCCACCCUAAAAUGUCGGUGUGAGAAAGGCUAAUUAGUUAACAUUUUCUUAUUUUCUUUUAAGAUGUCAUUUCAAACUGUCUCUGACCUGAAAAACCUUUCAUCAUCUGAUGAAAAAGCAAUUAUAACAAAACCGAUUAAAGUUAAAAUUAUUGUGGAUCCAGUGUACCAUCAUGAUGAUAAUCCAACCACACCAAAUGUCAUUGUCAUGAGUAUUGUUGCUGAUGAUUCAGGCACAAUCAAAUGUCACAUUUCAAACGAAAAAGAUAUUGUCAAAAAAUUCUUUCAGAAAAACACAUCAAUUGUUAUUUUAAAGUGCACCAUAACCACUUGUGAUGAAGAGCUAGCCUCAAUUGAACAUCAACAUGCAAUCAAGCAUCUUCCUUGUUCCAAUAUUCAACUUGAAACAAAACUUACACUGCCACUCCUACCAUCCUUCCCAACCAUCAAAUUCACCCCAAUAGCAGAGGCAUUGAAACUUCCUAGAAAACGACAAAUAUCCAUUGAGGGAAAAAUUACAAAGGUACGUAUGAGUGAUUGCAUUUGCCAAAAAAAGCUUUGACUAGUAUUCACUUUCUGUUUAGCUCCUAAGAAGAAUAAAUUGCUGCAUAUAUGUACCCUAUUCCCUAAAGUAGAAAAGUUUGCCAGUAUAUUUAUGUCUCUAAUUUAAAAACUGUUUCUUAGAUGGUGAGUACAUACAGUACUAUAUGAUCCAACUUUGUAUCUGAAACCCUUACUUGCUAUAAAAGUGUAAUUAUAAUAGUCUGUAACAACUAUAUUAGUGUGUUUUAAUUCUACCUCUACUAUGUACUGUAGAUUGAACCACCAAUAAAGGUAAAAAAUAACUCGAUAGACCUCAAGAAAGUGUUCUUGAAAGACACAACUGGGAUGAUGCAAGUAUCCCUCUGGAAAGAUAAGGCAUCCCUACCACUUUCCCAAGGUGACGUUAUCUCAUUUACUGGACUACAGACAUCAAUGUUCCAGAAUAAACCAAUGGCAUCUUCAACAACUCAAACUCAAGUGAAUUAG